UCAACAAAACAUGAAUCUUUGUUUUCCUCGUUCCUAUGGCGCACACUGUAACAGAAGAGGAGCCUCGGUUUUUCAUCUCCCAACGUAGAAAUUCAAUCUACUACUACUAGACUGUGUCACUGCUACCACCCUUAUCGUGUGACUCAGAAAAUUCCUCAAAAUCUUAGGGCUUUGUUUUUGGAUUGUUGUGCAGAGCAAGUGGCUUUGGUGUAUAAAUUCGCUUUGCUUCGGUUUGGUUUGGCUUUUUCUUGUUUUGGGGUUUUAGGAUUUGGUUUCUGUGUGCUCUAAAUAUCAUAAAGGAAAGUGCUUUGGGAAGAUGAGCUGGCGCAGGGUGUUGAAGUCAGCGCAAGCUCUCGCUGCACACACCUUUCUCUUAUGCUUCACUCUCUUCCUCGUUCUCAAGCUCGAUCAUCAUAUCUCAUGUUCUUGGUGGAUAAUAUUUUUACCUCUUUGGAUGUUCCAUGGCAUUGUGGCUCGAGGAAGGUUUUCAUUACCUGCGCCAUCUGCUCCUCGUAAUCGAAAUGUAUGCCAUUGCCAUUCUUAACUGAAAUUUGAGAGAGUUUCUAUUUUAAGUUUUAGUUUAGUUGUUGAGUGUUGGGCCAUUUGACUUCAAAACCAUGGCUUUACGUAUUGUUCUUUGGCUAUCAUGGAUAAAAACACAAAACAAGUGGGCACCAUGCCAUGCCGUCGUUGCAAUGCCAUUGCUUAUUGCAUUUGAAUUGCUCCUUUGUAUAUAUCUUGAGAGUUUAGAUGUUCGUGGCUCUGCAGCAGUAGAUCUAAAGAUUGUCUUUCUUCCCUUACUAACAUUUGAAAUCAUUAUUCUCAUUGACAAUUUCAGGAUGUGUAGGGCUCUAAUGCCAGGCGAUGAAGAAAACAUGAGUGAUGAGGCAAUAUGGGAAACUCUUCCUCACUUUUGGGUUGCAAUUUCUAUGGUGUUCUUCAUUGCUGCUACAGUCUUCACACUCCUCAAACUGAGCGGUAACGCUUUUUCUUCUAAAGGUGAUGUAGGUGCUCUGGGCUGGUGGGACUUAUUUAUUAACUUCGUUAUUGCCGAGUGCUUUGCUUUCCUUGUAUGUACAAAGUGGUCCAAUCCAGUCAUUCAUAGAACUUCAAGAGAAGCCAGUAGUUCAUCUUCAACUACGAUUAGAUAUCUUGACUGGAACAGUGGUUUGGUGGUUUCUUCAGAGGAAAAUCAACGUCAGGGGAGAAUGUGUAGCCUGCAAGACAUAGGAGGUCAUUUCAUGAAAGUCCCAAUUAUCGUAUUCCAGGUUCUGCUUGUUAUGCAUCUAGAGGGUACACCUGCUUGUGCUGUAUAUAUACCUCUUCCAGUUCUUUUCUCUCCCAUUUUCCUACUGCAUGGAGCUGGUAUACUGUUAUCUGCAUCUAAAUUAGUUGAGAAACUUGUGCUUCUGGUACGAAGUGGAGCUGGUGGAGGAAUAUAUUUUAGAUUUUCUUCAAGAGCUCAUGAUUGCUUGGGAUUCUUGCGCCAUGGUUCUAGAUUAUUAGGUUGGUGGUCAAUUGACGAAGGAAGUCGAGAAGAACAGGCACGGUUGUACCAUGAGGGAGCAUCUGGGUAUAAUACGUUCUGUGGUUAUCCUCCUGACAUUGUUAAGAAAAUGCCUAAAAAGGAUCUUGCUGAGGAGGUUUGGAGACUCCAGGCCGCUCUUGGUGAACAAACUGAAAUUACAAAAUACAGCCAACAGGAGUAUGAAAGACUUCAAAAUGAGAAAGUAUUAUGCAGAAUUUGUUUUGAGGAAGAGAUUAACGUUGUAUUGCUCCCAUGCAGGCAUCGUGUCCUUUGCAGCAUAUGCUCAGAGAAGUGUAAGAGGUGCCCCAUUUGCCGGGACUCUAUUGCUGAGCGCUUGCCUGUGUUUGAUGUUUAGGUGUUAACUUGGCCAACUUUUUUAAGACCAUAGAAAAAAGGGACAAGAAAAUGUGAGAAAAUGUUAACAGAGUGAGUACCUAGUACAGUUUUGGCAUUGACAUUAAUUUAAAAGCAUCUUGUUGACUGCCCAAUUCCAAUACACAUCAAAAGAUAGGAAGAAUAGAGCAUCCACAUGAUACUCUGGAUUUUGAAUUUUAUCUGUUUUGCUUUGCUUUUACUUCCUUGUGUAAUUUGUAUAUAAAUACUAGCUUUUUACAGGCUCCAAUGAUGAGUGCGAUUAGUGUUGAAUU